AGGUUAUUAACCACGUGUUGGCGUGCACCGCUUAUUGUGUCCAGUUUUUCUCCGAAUAACCAGCCAAGACUCCAGAAGUUUUCAAAUAAGGGAAAAAUGGCGUCCGAGCACAAAAAAUCUUAAAUCUAGUGAGAGAACAAGAAAAAACUAAAUCAGCUCUCGAAGAACUUGAUAAUACAGUACAAACUGAUUUCCAAACAGUUGUACCAGCAGUACCAAGCACCUUACCAGAAAGAUAUGAUGAACACAUAAGCACCUUUAAUGGAUUUGAUAUCAACAGUAUGGAGAUCGUAUUGGCUGAUGAUGUUCUUAAAAUAGAUGAAGCUGAGUUCAAUCUUCCGCCAGCUGAGCUAGGAAUAAAUGUUUGUGGUUUAGAGGAUAAACACUUAGAUCUUCGCCAUCGUGAUCAAGAUCAGCCAACCGCUGGAAGUCAUGGCAAUUUUAGUAGCAGUAGUAAUGAAAGCGAUCUUGACAGUGAUUCCGUUCCAGAUAAUGUCUAUGCAGUAGAUGACGAUAUCUUCGAUGGUAAUGCUAUCGAAAGUGAUAAAGCAAAUAGCGCAACUGAAAAUCAUCCUUGGGGUGACAUGAAUGAAGGACGAAAAAUAAAAAUUACAGCAGACAAAAAUGAAUGGAAAAGGAAUAAAAGCAAAUUACUAAGAAUGAAAGGGGAGGAUUACCUUGGAUUUUCGCGUGACAAGGACAAAAACUUCAAACAUAAUACUCCUCGCCCAGCGAGGAAACUGGGAAUGGCAUGUGUUUCAAAAAUGUGUUUAAAAUCAAAGAAGAGGUUUUGUGAUACUUUCACCGAAGAUAUACGGAAAGAAAUGUUUUCCCGUUUUUGGAAAAAAAAUGACGUGGGAUCAAAGAAAGCUUUUUGUUUCUGGACAUGUCAGCCUCCAGCCUCCAUCUAG